AUGGCAGGAAGAAAACCUACAGGUUUAUUUGCUCUUCACAUUGUGUGUUUCCUCUGUGGUGCUACACUGUGUUUGCCCACAACAAAAGUAUCAGACUACGAUGUGGACGGUGGACGAGACCUUGACAUUUUUGAUAUCAAUGAAGAAGCAGGGCUGAAUCUUGUAGAGGGGGACAUUGUAAUUGAUGAGAGGCAAACUCGAAAUUCCCUAAUAGGUGAUGAGUACAGGUGGCCAAAGACAAUCCCAUACUUCAUGCAAGAUGACUUAGAGAUCAAUGCAAAAGGUGUGAUUCUGAAGGCCUUUGAGCAGUACCGGCUCAAGACCUGCAUUGACUUCAAGCCUUGGAAUGGAGAAGCAAACUAUAUUUCCAUCUUUAAAGGGGGCGGCUGUUUCUCCUCUGUGGGUAAUCAGCAAGUUGGGGCGCAGAGAUUGUCAAUAGGGAGAAACUGUGACCGCAUCGCCACCAUUGAACAUGAGUUCCUUCAUGCUCUGGGUUUCUGGCAUGAGCAGUCCAGGGCGGACCGCGAUGAUUAUGUCAAAAUCAUGUGGGACCGCAUCUCAGAGGGUAAAGAACACAACUUUAACACCUACGAUGACACCACCUCCAGCUCUUUGGGCGUACCCUAUGACUAUGGCUCCAUGAUGCACUACAGUAAAAAUGCCUUCCGUAACGGCACAGAGCCCACCAUCAUCACCAAGAUCCCUGCGUUCAGUGAUGUCAUUGGCCAGCGUAUGGAAUUCAGUGACAGUGAUCUGCUCAAGCUCAGUCGCCUCUAUAACUGCACCAAGAGCUCCACGUUCCUGGACUCAUGUGACUUUGAACGUGAGAACAUCUGUGGUAUGAUCCAGGGUCAAGGGGAUGAGGCUGAUUGGGUCAGACUUGCCAAAGCUGCUGGAGGGCCCAACACUGACUACUCCAACAUGGGCAAAUGCACUGGCUCAGGGUAUUUCAUGCACUUCAGCACGGGUACAGCCAACAUUGGAGAUACAGCUCUGCUUGAGAGCAGGCUCCUUUACCCCAAAAGAGGUUACCAGUGUUUGCAGUUCUUUUACUACAACAGUGGCAGCCCCAGCGACACACUGAAGAUCCUUGUCCGAGAGUAUGACCAAGCUAACCCCACCGGAAAACUGCGCCUUAUAAAGACCAUAGAUGGAUCCCCUAAGGAAGAGUGGCAACUUCACCACGUGAGUCUGGACAUCAAAACAAAAUUCCGCGUUGUCUUUCAAGGAACUAAGGAGGGCUCUGGGCCCUCUGAAGGGGGGCUGUCCCUGGAUGACAUUAACCUCUCUGAGACCACCUGUCCAGAGUUUAUAUGGCGAGUGAAAAACUUCAGUCAUGUUAUGGAAACCACCCCACCAAAUACACCUAUCUUCAGCCCCCCAUUCACCUCUAAGGAGAAUUACACCUUCCAGAUGUCGCUGUACCCCAGUGGUAAGGCAGGCUAUCCUGGUGAGUUGUCAGCCUUUGCUCAUCUGGUGGCCCGUGAAGGGGACACUGGGCAGAAAUGGCCAUGUCCCUGGAAACAGAUGACCAUGAUGCUCAUGGACCAGCACCCGCACAUCCAAAAGCGUAUGUCCAACCAGCGCAGUGUCACCACUGACCCCAACAUGAAGGCAACAGACUCUGAGAUGUUUUUCUGGGAUGACCCUCGCAAGGUGGGUGUUGAGGUCACAGAUGCAGAUGGGUCUAAGUAUUUCCGAGGGCCAGGCGCCGGCACAGCAGUGUAUCUCACCCACCUCAGAGCCAAGAGCAGGGAUUUUAUCAAGGGAGGGGAUGCCAUCUUUCUCCUCACCAUGGAGGAUGUGGCCCAUCUGACUGUGAGCCAGCCUCUGCCUUCCACAACCCUGCAACCUGCCACCACCUCACCCCAUGAUGCCUGCACUAACAUACAAUGUCUGAAUGAUGGAGUAUGCGUGGUGGAUGAAGGGAAGGCUUCUUGCAGGUGUGCAGUGGGUGAUGACUGGUGGUACUAUGGGGACAGCUGUCAGCAUAAGGGGUCCGACAUGGACAAAACCACCCUUGCACUCGCCUCCUCUCUGUCUGUAUUGGGAGUCAUGCUGGUGAUUACAGUGGUCAGUGUCGUCUGUUUGAAGAAGAAGUAUAAGAAACGCAGUGAUGACAUAAGUCAUGUCAUAGAAAACAUAAACUCUAAACUCUGAACUUUCCAAUGACAAUUUUGGAAACAGAAGAAAACAGCAAAAAAGAAAAUCUGACUUUAAGUAAAAUAAAUCAGAAUUCAUCAACUGUAUGUUUAUGCUAAAAAUUGUGUAAAUCAGGCUCUGGAGUUAUAGAAUUAAGGUUUUUAACCCCAAUGUCCAAAGGUAAUGACAUGACAUUAUGAUAGAUUGC